CAGUAAGGUAACCAAUAACAUUAAGUCCAUAUUUGUCUCACCUGUCGUGAAAAAAAAACAUUUUGUCUUCGUAAGUCGAACACUUAACAGAGUAAAACACCGUUUCUUGAAUUUCCCUUUCACUCGGCUCUUUCUUCCUCCUCUAUCUCUCCUUCUCCCCCCCCUCUCUCUCUCUCUUUCUCUCUCUUUCUCUUUUACUUUCUUUCUUUUUGCCCCCACUCAUUCUCUCUGUCUCUGCCUCUCUGUCUUUUCUGUCUCUUUCUGAUGUAAGUGUUCGAGUAUAAGGACCCUGUUUGUAGGGACACGGAAUGUAAAUACUACAGUCACGUGUAAAACACACACACAGAGACACACAUGCGCAAAGGAACUUACCUAGAACUCACUCAACUUUUUAUUCCGUAUUCCUCGAAUGUUACCCGGUACUUCUCAAGUCUUCGUAACCGGUUUCUACUUUCGAAGAGAAAAUUGGAAACCAGAACGAAUUCAAACCAAGGAACGAAGCACUUUAAUAUGACACCAACAUUAUCAACAACACCAACAUUAUCAACAACACCAACAUCCGUAAUAAUAAUAACCGGAGCAAUAACACCAACGAUUAUUACGACAAGAGAGUGUUCGGGUUAUUUGGUCUGCUAGAAACAGCAGCUAAGACUGUUCGUUAAAUAACAGUCUACCAGCUUAAAAAAUAGAAAGUGGGAAAAAGAACACCACAUUAUUUAAGGCAGGAUGGUCAUGUUUGGAAUGCCUUUGAUCAUAGGUCUGCUUAUUCAGGAUUGGCUUAAAGCUAGACAACAACAAUAACAACAACAAUAACAGCGAAAGACAAAAACAAAAUAUGACGGUUACAAAGAUAAGGUAAGAUCCGGAAUCUAAGGAAUCGUUUGCCUUUCUGCAAUUUUGGUAUUAACCUCUAUAUUCUUAAUCUUUGAAGAAGAACAAAUUUCCGAAACGUUGGAUUUCAAUCCCUUACAGCAAAUCAACAAUUCCGUUAUUUAUUUUGGAUUUCCUUUGAAUCUUCAUGCCGUAAAGGUAUUAUCCGAAGUGUUAGUAUUGCCCAUAAAGGUGCUAGCAUUGGUUUUGGUGUUUGGUGGUGUUGUUAUUGUUGUUGAUGUUGGUGUUGUUGUGUCAAAGCCAGUAAAAGGUCACAUGACACUAUGUCAACCAAUCACAUCCCUCAUGAUGAAAAUAUUCCCAUCCAGGGACGUUUCAAGCUAUUACGUGAUUCCAAUAACGUGACACACAGCCAUCCGGCUGUCGUGGAGAACAACCACACCACCAACAGUCAUAUCGGAAACAAUGAAAACCACCGAGACUCUGUGGAAGACACAAGAGUGGAAGAUGAUCCCUGGAACACACCCGACUUAGUUGACGAUUCUCCAAAAUGGUCAGAACUCGAUUCCAAGAAGAAAUGUUUGCGAAUCUUCACCGCCAUCGGCAAAGUCAUUCUCCUUACUUGUUUCUUCUAUCUCUUCGUUUGUUCCCUAGAUUUUCUCAGCUCAGCAUUCCGUUUAAUAGGAGGAAAAGGUGCCGGAAAAGCGAUCAGUCAAAGUGAAAUGGUAUCGAAUCCAGUUGCCGGAUUAAUGAUCGGUGUGUUAUUCACAGUAUUGGUACAAAGCUCAUCUACUUCCACGUCGAUCAUGGUAUCCAUGGUGGCAUCAAAAAUUAUCAGCGUCAAAGCAACGAUUCCACUAGUGAUGGGCGCCAAUAUCGGUACCUCAAUUACAAACACCAUCGUUUCUUUAGCUCAAGCAGGCGAUCGGAACGAGUUUCGCCGAGCUUUCGCCGCCGCCACCAUCUUGGAUAUGUUUAACUGGUUAACGGUGCUAAUCUUGUUGCCGUUGGAGGCUGCUAGCGGUUACCUCUACCGACUUACAGGUGCCAUUAUGGAUGGCAUCUCAGGUAACACGAAAUUCGAUCGUAUUGAACUGCUGCAGGUGAUCACUCGGCCGUUCACUGAUCUUAUCGUAGAGAGUAGGUGUAAGAAGCUGGAUAGGGCCAGUUCGAACAUAAAAGAGGUAGAUUAUUUGGACAAUUCAUCCCAAUUGCUAGAGGCUCAUAACUUGUCAAUACGUGAAUGUUCAAUAAAUACACAGCCUGAUGUCAAUUUAACAAGUACAGAGCAAGAAAUUCUAGGAAACCUCACGAAAGACUGGAAGAAAUGUAACCACGUAUUUGCAAACACUUCCCUCAACGACACCUUAAUUGGUGUGAUCCUGCUUGUAAUUUCGUUGGUCGUCUUGUGUUUCUGCUUAAUAUCAAUUGUAAAAAUCCUCCAUACUGUAAUGAAAGGCAACACGGCGAAAAUUAUAAAGAAAAUGGUCAACGCCAAACUACCCAGUCCGUUUGGUUUUCUAACCGGUUAUCUGGCGAUUCUUGUCGGUACAGCAUUGACGUUUCUGGUGCAAAGUAGUUCCAUAUUCACCUCCACACUCACCCCGCUCGUUGGCGUUGGUGUGAUUUCUUUGAAACGCAUGUAUCCUCUCACGCUAGGAGCAAACAUAGGAACGACGUUCACUGCUGUUAUGGCUGCCAUGACAUCAUCCGGUGAAAGCCUAAAACUGGCCCUGCGAAUUGCGUUCUGUCAUCUGUUCUUUAACGUAAGCGGCAUCAUCAUUUGGUAUCCGAUUCCAUACUUGAGGAAAAUUCCCAUUGGUCUGAGCAAAACUCUCGGCAAUACAACAGCAAAAUAUCGUUGGUUUGCCAUUGUGUACCUCAUCACUAUGUUCUUGUUGUUACCCGGUCUUGUGUUUGUCGUGUCCUUGGGUGGCUGGCCUGCUUGGGUUGGUGUUUUUGGUCCGAUCGGUUUGCUCCUUAUAAUCGUGAUUAUCAUGAACAUACUUCAGAAAAAGUUACCUAGCUAUCUACCCGAAAAACUGAGAACCUGGGACUUUUUGCCCCUGUGGAUGCACUCACUAGAACCAUACGACCGACCAAUGACAGCACUCGGUCGGUGGUUUGGAAAAUUGAAAAGGUGCUCGUUCUCUAAAGAAAAGAAUAAAACUCUUACGCCACAAACGAACUUUGCCAUGAAAAACUCAAUGGAAUCGAUUCAAUGAAAGAAUCUUUUUUUCUUUUUUUAAAUACCAAAAACCUAUAAAGAAAAAUAAAACACAGCACAAACUGAGCAAAUAUAACAGCAAACAAGUAAAAAUUAACAACUACAACAUCAUCAACAACAAGAACAAGAACAACAACAAAAAUAACAACAAUAACAAUAAUAAUAAUAAUAAUAAUAAUAAUAAUGCAAACGAGGUUUUUAAAAAGAUUAGCCGAAACUCGAAAUGCAAAGAAGAAAAUGGCAGAAGAAAACCCAAAUAAUUUUGGGGGUGAGAGCGGGAGAGUGUGCAUUCAUACGUAAUUAAGCGUAUCCAU